UGAACGGCGAAUGAAAGUCAAAUUGUUGUCAUUGAGAAUUUCCCCUACUUCCAUGUGCACUCACUAAACGCCAUGGCCAUGUGUUUAUCUCGAAAAUUCCGGCUUGUUCAAGUCUCACUGCUGACUUGGGCAGCAGCAACGGGGCCUCCUACAUGUAAGAUCCGGGACACACACUCUCGUAUUCAGCCAGCGUCACAGCGGAUGCUACCAUUCCCAAUGCUUGCACGCCGCCGAGAAAAUAUCAGUCUACCAGCUGGAGCUAAGAGCCGAUCGGCCACGCAGGUAUUCAGCGCGUAGGGAAGAAGGUCGCUAAGAGAGAACGCGUGUGGUUUCUCCAGCUCAGUCUCGCAGCCUCGUUUAGGCAAGUCCAUGGCACAGUAGACUUUGUGGAGAUGUAAGCUUAGUUGCCUUCAUUGGCAAAAGGGUAGCAGCCGAUAUAGCGAUGCUACACUGAAUUAUCUGCCAUUGUCAACUUCAUCUAGUGAGGAGAAGAUGGU